AUGGGGGUGGUGGAGGGGAUAGAAUUCGUUAUUGUUCCAUACUCACGCCGUCUCAUCGUAUCGUUUCUGCGCGCGUCCUUGGCGUUAUGGCGUGCGGCCUUGACACCCUGUCUUGCCUCCCUGGCGUGGCAGCGUGCGCGCCUGGACACGAACUGGGCUGUGCUUCUUGGUCAUGUAGACGGAUGCAAAAUACCAGGGCGCACGUGCCAUUAUCCGCGUGCUCGUGAAGGCAAAUUCGUGGCCUUCUUCCAGAGUGUGGGUAGCGAUCUGAGGCAAUGGGUGGCCGUAGCGCACUGCCUGUUUGUGCUCCGUUAUUCGCGAGCUAAGUCAUCGCCCGGUCUGCCCUGUAUAGUGGCAAGAACUGUCGCGACAUGGCACCUGAUAAAUGACGCCAGAUUGCUCAUCUACCUCCAGCAGAGGGUGCCAGAGUGUUGGUGGCUCUUCUCCGUUUGUUCCCCAUGGGCGCGUAUGGAGGCAGCGGCUAACUCCUUGUCGGGUGGUCCCGAAGAUGCCGUAGUUAUUGCACUCGUCACUCAGGUUCACUGCAACGUGUUUUACCCUCGGAAAGUGUGCCCUAAUACAGCCGCGUUUAUGCGCCAUCGGGUGGUUGUUAUGGAGCCUGAGCACGUGGGUUGUGUUAGUCGCCUUUCUAUACACAGUGGCGUUGAGUUUCCUAUUGGGUCUGCAAAUGAUGAGGACGUCCAGGAAAGGCAGUUGUCCAACAUUCCCUUCAACAUUUUUGAAUUGGUUAUCGGGGAAGAUGCGGUUAAGCAGGUUUUUGAAGUCUGCUAG